UGCAGUUUCACACAUACAAAUUUUCUGAGUAAAACACUGUUUUUAGUCACAGAAGUAAAUUAAUCACCUCAGUGUUUUAUAUAAGAGUGAGUUCGCGGUAUGUUCUUACAGAGAUGAUAAAACGAAGUUAAGUCGUUCAGAAAUUAGAUUUUAAUCCUCCAGCGGCUCGCGAUCAGUUGACAUAACACUGUCGCGCGCAUAAUUUAGAUCAACCGCCAGCAUGUCAAAAGACAAGGAUGCAUACAUUGUGAAAUUUGUUGAACACAAUGGAGAGAAAAGUGAUCUGGCUCUUCAGGCAUAUAAGGCAAUAGUGGAACUUCAGUCAGAGAAAUAUGUGCAGACGGUGGAUGAGGAGACCGCACUCGAGCUGGAAAACAAUGACAAAUCCUUGUUUGUUUUCAGUGAUUUCACCAGCAAUGCCUUUGAGCACUGCAGGAGGCUGGGAUGUAGGAUAGUAAGUCCACUGGUAGUGCUGUUCUGCCUGCAGAAACAGAGGUGUGUUCCCAAAGCAGAGCAGCCUGUGUACAACAUGGCCAUGGCCGAUGUCACUGUCUCCUGCACCAACCUUGAUAAGGAGGCACGGAGUGAAGUGAUGGAUCUUGUCCAGUUGAUGGGUGGGCGGGUCUACCGUGAUCUCAACGUUUCUGUUACUCACCUGGUGGCAGGUGAAGUAGGAAGCAAGAAAUACCUUGUGGCCGCGAGCCUCAAGAAGCCCAUCCUACUGCCAAGCUGGGUGAAAGCAUGCUGGGAAAAAUCUCAGGAUAGUAUGUUUCAUCACUCUGAGCUAAAUACAGAGGCAUAUAUGUGUCCAGUCCUGAAGGGCUGUACGGUGUGUGUGACGGGCCUCUCUACUGUGGAACGUAAAGAGGUGCAGAGGUUGUGUGAUCAGCAUGGAGGCGACUACACUGGGCAGCUCAAGAUGAAUGAAUGCACACACCUGAUUGUCAAUGAACCCACAGGUCAGAAAUACGAGUUUGCCCGGAAAUGGAACGUGUACUGCGUGUCCCUGCACUGGCUCUUUGACAGCAUAGAGAAAGGCUUCUGUCAGGAUGAGAGCAGGUAUGCUGUGGAGCACGGGCAGAAGAGGAGAACCGAGGAGAAGACGGGCAGACCCAACACCUCCACACCUACAGGAACUAGCAAAAACAAAGAGGAAGGCCCCUCUCUACUGGGACUGAGUCAUAUCUCCAAUAUCAGCAUGAAUGUCAAUGAAACGGCCCUCACUACAGCAGGAAUCAGUCACAUAGAGACUCGUGAUCCAAUUGACUCAUUCGACAUAACUGUCUGUCAAAUUGAUGACCUGUUGGAUGGCUGUAAGUUGUACCUGUGUGGCCUGUCAGGGAAGAAACUGGAGAAACUGCGGCGGAUGGUGAACUCUGCUGGAGGCUUGCGCUUCAACCAGCCUAGUCAAGAGCUCACACACAUAGUGAUGGGGGAACCAGACCAGGGGGUCAAAGCCUUCCUUGACAAAGCUACUCACAGACCCCACAUAGUGACAGUGCAGUGGCUGCUCGACAGUUUCUCCAGUGGUUCUUUGCUCCCAGUCGAUGGCUACUUUCACCCUUCCUUCCUGCCCCCUGCCCCAGCUGCUGUUGAUAUGCCUGCCCCUCGCAGUUCUGCCCCACGCACCUCCAGACCCUCUGCAGCUCCUCUUCCUGCCCCCAGUCCAGCCCGACAGGCCAGAGCAGAGGAAGACCUGCUCUCACAGUACAUUGAGAAUGACCAAACUGUGGUGGAGUUGCCUCAGGCGGCUAACUGCACCAGCAGUAUGCAGAGCAUUCUGCUUCCGGAGCCUCCAGCUGUAGAGCAGGACUCUACCAUUGUUGAUGCCUCAGAAGGAGGCCUGUUUUCUGGGAAACGCUUUCUUUUGGUUGGGUUUGGAGCUGAGGCAGAGGCCCAGCUCUCAGAACUAGUCUUGGAAAACUCUGGAAAGAUUUUGGUUGGCCGUUCCAGAGCCGUGGCACAUUACGCCAUUGUGCCACUGCUGGGCUGUGACGUUGAUGCCACAGUCGAUGAGGUCGCAACAGAUACCUGGCUGGCCAUGUGUGUAGAGCAACAGUGCGUGUUGUUGCUAGCAUCUCACCCUCUGUUCACUCCAGUGGCAGUGAGAGAGGGCUUCUCUCCUCUCAAAGACUGUGUUCUGUCUGUUAGUCAGUUCACUGGAGCAGAGAGAGAGUCUCUAAUUCAGCUAGCCAAACACCUGGGAGCCAGUGUUCAGGAUUAUUUUGUACGGACUGCUAACCAGAGGAAGGGAAUGCUGGCCAGCACUCACCUGGUGCUCCAGACACCUGAGGGUACCAAGUACCAAGCGGCUCAGAAAUGGGGUCUGCCUGCAGUCACGAUCCGCUGGGUUUUAGAGUCUGCUAGAACAGGGAAGCGAGUUGAUGAGGGACGAUUUUUGGUUGACCUACCACCUUCUCCAGAAAGAGAUGAAGACAGUUUUGUUGGGGCAUCUCAGAAAGCCCCUGCAACUCUGCGCCUCCUGCAGCGCUCCCCAGAGCUCCCUCUUCUGGGCCCACAGAACAGCACUGCCAUCACACCACUAGACACAGCUCGCUUUCAGAGCCGUACUGUCCGCUCUGCUGUCAGGAAGAUGAAGCAGGGAGAGGAGGAGCAAGCGGAUGUGGCAACCCCAGGACAGGAGGAGGCCAGAGGAGCCCUGCAGAGAGAGUCCUCCCUCCAGCUGGACACACCCUCGCGAUUCCUGAGCAGAGACCGGCUCUUUGGACCCUCGUUUAACACGAAGGAAGUGUUUGACCAUUUAACGACUCCUGGUAAUAAGCCACAGAAGGGUGAGGGGGCAGAGACUCCUCUGUCAGAGGUUAUUGAGAGGAACCUGACAGCUGCUGUUGCUAACAGCAACCGCAAUCACGUCACAAGUCUUGUAGCCAUGACCGCCAGUCCUCAACUUGGAAAAGUGCCUGAACCUGAGGUAGAGUCAAAGACCACAGGUCCUCUCAGUGGGGUAAUGUUGUGUGUGAGUAAGAAGUUGAGUAAGAAACAGAGUGAACUCAAUGCAGUAGCUGCCUCUCUGGGUGCAGAGUUCAGGUGGUCAUGUGAUGACUCGGUCACUCAUUACAUCUACCAGGGUAAAGUGGGUGACAACAGCAAAGAAUACAAAGCUGUCAAAGAAAGAGGACUGCACAUUGUGUCUCCACACUGGCUCCAGGCUUGUGCAGAUGAGCAGAAGCAUGUGUCCGAGUCACUUUACCCUUUCACCUUUAACCCCAAAAUGAGCCUGACUAUGAGUCAGGUUACAAAUUGCACCCAGAGGUCCCCUCCUUCCACUCCCCGCACCAGACUCAGGACAUUUACAGAGGAUGAGGAGACAAGGCUUGGACCUGUAGAUGACAUCACAGACCUCUCGACACCUAAGCAAGUCAGUGUGGGAGAACCUGAAAAAGAGCAGCAGCCCAUCAGCACUGAGAGGAGAGAUCUCACAGAAACGUUGGAGAUGAGGGAGAAUCUUCAGAGACAGCUUCAGGAGAUCAUGUCUGCUACUAAACUUGCCAGUGGUCGUCGAGGCUCCAUGCGCUUGGCCAGAGCAGGCUCAGGGGGUCUAGACUCACCCAACACCCCAGACAGCCUGGGGCGAAUGGGCAGACGCAGCCGGAAUUUAGAGGCCCUACGGAUGUCACGUCAAGUGGCAGUGGAUCUGAACACUGAGCCAUCUCAGAGUGAGCAGAUUGUAUGGGACGACCCCACAGCACGAGAAGAGCGAGCCCGAUUGGCUGAUAACCUGCAGUGGCCCGGCAGCCCGUCUCAGCACUCUGAGCCCCUCGCCCUCGUCCCACCACCCCGCUCUGACCAGAUAGCCAAUGGCAGAGACUCCAUGACCGACUCUGAACUGGUGGAAAUGGCUGCAUUUGAAGUCAUAGGCGCACAAAGACCAAAGGUGACCCCACCUCGAGUGGACACGCUACAAAAUCCUACAACACCUGAUGCCCCCAGUAUCGCUUUCCCUAUCUCUAAGCCUGCAGCCCCUCCCCAGCCACAGAUUGAAGAAGAGGAGAGUGAAGAGGCAGUAAAAAAGGAGCCUCCACGAUUCCUGCUGUCUUCUUUAAAUCCUCAGGAACGCAUUGACUACAGCCAUCUUAUAGAGGAGUUGGGUGGCGUUGUGCUGGAGAAACAGAGUUUUGAUCCCAGUUGCACUCACGUGAUUGUUGGUUAUCCUCUGAGAAAUGAGAAAUAUCUGGCUGCUAUGGCAGCAGGCAAAUGGAUCCUUCACCGCUCGUACCUGGAGGCCUGCCGCGCUGAGGGCCACUUCAUACCGGAAGAGCAGUAUGAAUGGGGAAGCAGCUCUAUACUGGAUGCUCUGCCGUCCAUCAACUCUCAGCAGAAGAGGUUGGCACUGGCAGCCUUGCGAUGGAGAAAAACACUACAAGGCUGCACAAACAAGGAGGGAGCAUUUGGUGGCUGGACUGUGAUGCUGAAUAUUGAUCAGGCCAGAGAGGCUGGAUUCAGACGAUUGCUACAGUCUGGAGGAGCGACGGUGUUGCCAGACCCUUCUCCAUCUAUGUAUAAGGGCACCACUCAUCUGUUUGUAGACUUCAGCCGAUUAAAGCCAGGCGAUGUCAGAAUCGACAUCAGUGAAGCUGCCGUUCAGGGGGUCAAAUGUCUUAAACCGGAGUACAUCGCUGAUUACCUCAUGCAAGAGCCGUCGCCUUCAAUGGAGGCGUAUUAUCUUGCAGGAGCAGCUCCAGGAGAUUUAGAGAAGAUUCAAGAUGCAUCUUCACGAAAACGUAAAGCCUCUGGGGAAACAUCCACGUUGAAGAGGAGUCGUGUUCGAUGAAACGGUGACAUUUCAAGCUGUAAUGUAAUUGCCUGCAUAUUGAAGUGCAUUUCAUUUAGUUAUUACUUUGUAGAUAAGAAUUUGUCUGUCAAUAAAAAUGAUAUUUAGAAUGUAAAGCACUUGUACAAAAAGAAACAUUUAAGGCAUCCUCAAAAAAAGACUUAUUUUAGAUUUAAAACAAAUAAAUGUUUGUGGCGCAGAAAUGAGAUUUAAUGAAACAAAUGAACUGCUAUGAAACUGCAAAUUGUAAAAUUCAGUCCAUUGUGCUGUAUUACGACAUUUUGCCCUGAGGAGGGAGCAUUCUCUACAUAAUUAAAUGGGUGCACAGACCCAGGGUCAAUUUUGGUCAUUCACUAAAUGCUCUAUAGAAACGAAUUCAUAAAUAAAAAUAGGUUGGUUUCAAACACAUUACUCAUGCGCUGGUACUAUGAAAGUUUUUGAAUGGAAAAGUAUGUAGCUUUCUCAGACAUGGAUUGAAAUGUUUAUAAAACAUGCAGAAGAUGCAUUUAGGAAAAAAUUUGAAUAGUCUUCUGAAAAUGUGAUGACGCUUUGAGAAAUCCCCUACCAUUUCUUGAAGCAGAGACCUCAAAUAACUGUGAUUCCUUAUAAUAUAUAGGCAGGCUUCACUUUUGUCUCACUGUGUUGUAUAUUCUAAUGAUUCCCACUCUUUAUAUUAAAGG